AUGGUGGAAGAUGAAACAGAAGUUCUAGACUGGGGAAAUGAGGAGGAAGACCGGGGAACUUCGGAGAAUGAUCCAAGUCUCGCCGCCGAGGACGCAGAAGAUGCUGUGUCGCUUGGAGGUGACGAGGACGACGAAUUUCUGACUUACCAGUCUCGCGUUUCACAGGGCGCCGCUCAGCGCACACAGUCUCCUUCGAAGACUGCGAAUCACUCUGAAAAAAAUCAGGAGGUUACAGUUCUUGGCGCUAAUGCUCGGGGCAAAGCUCCUGAGCAUGAUAGGCCCAGGACGCCGGCAAGACCUCCUCAGGAAGCGCAGACUGUCACCGAGCCAUCGCCAGCCCUCCAUCGCCAGCUGUCGUUUGGGAAACUUACUCAUGCGCUUCCUCCCAAACCAAUAGUGUCUUCAGUUCCAUUUGUGCAUCCUUCUCAUCCGUCCAUCAUUGAAGCUACAGCUAUGGCGGCUCGCGUCGACCGGGACAAGAAAAAUGGCAUUGUCCCCAAGCCCACGACAUUUGAACCAGGGGAUGCACUUCCCCCAGAUUGGGAGGUUAGGCAUCCCAGAAAUGGCCGCGGUGUCUAUUAUUAUAACUCUCGCACCAAGGAAUCGACCUGGACGCGUCCUGGCAGCUCCCCGCCUGCUCGUGAUCGG